UGCUGCAUAUUUUUUAACACAAGUCAUGUGUGCACAGCAAAACAAUUUCAGUGAAAGAGCAAUGGACAAAUGACUCAAUAAGUCUCAAAAUAUCUUCACAGCGUUCCUCUUUUGUAGUCCAUGACAAACCAUUGAUUCUCUUCUUAUCACUAAAGUGUUUCUAAUCUGCUGAAAAAUGUUUUGUGGCUCUUGUUUUGCUCUGUGUUUGAACAGAGAAAGCACAAUUUAUUUGGUAGAGGCGCUCAGAGUUUCUGACGAGCGGCGAUUGAGUCUACACGGUUCUCAUGUGGCAGUUAAGAUCACAGCGCCACUCAGCAGUACCUCAUUAUUCACUGCUAGUCGUCGUCGUGUGAUAGAUCUGCUCAGAGAAAUGGCUGAAACCGCCCCAGCUCCCGCUGCCACUCCGGCCAAAGCUCCGAAGAAGAGAUCUGCGUCUAAGCUCAAGAAAGCGGGCCCAAAUGUCCGCGACCUUAUCGUCAAGACUGUGACCGCAUCCAAGGACAGACACGGCGUGUCUCUCGCAGCCCUGAAGAAGGCUCUCUCUGCCGGUGGCUACGAUGUGGAAAAGAACAAUUCCCGCGUCAAAACCGCCGUCAAGGCCUUGGUGCUCAACGGUACUCUGGUCCAGCCCAAAGGCACUGGCGCCUCUGGUUCAUUCAAGCUGAACAAGAAGCAAGCCGAGCCCAAGAAAGCAGCUAAGAAAACUGCCGCAAAAGCCAAGAAGCCUGCUGCUAAGAAACCCGCCGCGAAGAAAUCUCCCAAGAAGGUGAAGAAACCGGCGGCCACAUCUGUGAAGAAGGCGACCAAGAGCCCCAAGAAAGCCAAAAAGCCAGCGGCUGCCAAGAAGGCUACCAAGAGCCCCAAGAAGGCAAAGAAACCAGCAGCUGCCAAGAAAGCAGCCAAGAGCCCCAAGAAGGUGAAGGCAGUCAAGCCCAAAACCGCCAAACCCAAGGCGGCGAAGCCUAAAAAGGCGGCUCCCAAGAAGAAGUAAUCGUCUCUGCUCGAUUCUUCCGAAAAAUAAAAGGCUCUUUUAAGAGCCACCCACAUAUUAGUAAAAGGCAAUAAUUUUUCAACCACCAGUUUUAAUAAUUCACUGUAGUAAAGGGUAUUAUUUCGAUUACUUUAUUUCAGGGCGAAUGAUGUCUUUUAGAUUUAGUCAAAAUAGUUAUUGAAUUUUCAAAACGGCGAACGAAUAUCCAAAACAGGGAAGGGGACACAUGUGACUUAAGUUUAUGAAGUUGGAAGCGUUUUCCAUUGAGUAUACAACUUUAUCCAACAUUGUUUUCAUGCACGUGAACGCACAUUUUAUUCAUUUACUCACAUUUAAAUGCCUAAAAUAAAAAAAAACAGGUGGUUGCACAAAAUCACGAAAGAUUGUUUGCAAAAA